CCCGAAAUAGUUUGAUCUUUUUAUCACUUACGAGACAUUGAACGGAUUCAUAGAAAUUUCAAAAAAAUUAAUGAACAUCAAAUUGAAAAAGAGACACUAUGAAAAUGUUAUUACAAUAACAUAUAGUUAAAUAAAUUACUCUUUCUGAAAAAAAUUAAUCCACUAAAAUAAAUACUAGACAACUUUGUUCUUAUCGUCAUAGAAUAGUUCUCUCAAACCAUAACGAACUAACAGAGUGUCAAGAUCAAUUAAAUUCUUUCGACAUAUUACAGCGACAGCUAAGGACAACUACUGAUACAUCUCUUUAGAAUAUACAGAAAUGGGUAUAAUAUGGAUUAAUGGACUCGAUUUCGAUUCACUUUACACGACUCUUUACACUUGUAGUGUUAUUAAACUUCAUUCAGAUCGAUCUAUGCGAUUUAUCUUCUGUUGAUUCUUGAUGAAAACUUCAAUCAUAUGAAAACUAGCAAUUUUUGCAGAUAAAGUACGGAAGGACGGAAUUACUCAAGAGCUAACUCCAGCAAUAUUUUGGACUAGUAAUUAUGCUUAUCUGUGUACAUUCAUUCUUUUCGAAAAAAUUUAUUGAAAGUAUUUUUUGAAUCGUUUUUGAUUAGAAAAUUCAUUAUCUUGAUUACACCACUGAAUGCAGGUAUUGGACGUCAUUUGAUAAAUUCAAUUUAUCAAUUAGAUAGUGUACCUAAAAGAACAUAUAGCACGUUACCCGUGGAGUACGAUUGACGUAAAAUAAUUAUGGCAUGUUUUGAUGGGCGAUAGUAAAAAGACGUCUUUAUGAAAACAUGAUUGAACAUGGUCAGAAUGAACUUCGAUAUUUCGAGCAUUAGCCAAUCGUCUUUGCUUUCGUAUUUCAUUCAGAAGUAAUUUUAAACAAUUCUUGAUGUAAUAUUCAUGAUGAGAAGUUACGUCUAUUUACGUGUCUGUUUCCUUUUGAACGAUAUUUGACUAGUUAUUUUAAGGAAAGAUAUGAAACAUUGUUUUGAGACUAACAUGUUCCAAACAAUACCAAAUUACCUCUACUAAUCGUCUAUCAUAUUUCUAUUGUUGACUUGAUAUCUAUGAAGGUUUUGUUGGUCUCAAAGAAGUUAAACAAGCUCAAAACAUCGACAAUGAUUAAAAUAAACGAUUGUGAGACAAUUAUGCUUUGAUCUUGCUUACCCAUUUAUUUUUCUGUCUAUAUAGAUUGAAUGUACACUUAUAACAUCUCAAAUGCAACGUCGAUUUAUAUUCAGAUGAAUUAAUGAAGCUUCAAUCUGACUUAAUUCGUGUACGAUUGAAAAUGAAAGAAUUAUUACUUGGUGAUAAUGUUUUUUUAGAAUUGUUUAAAAAUGAACAUGAUUUAGUAAAGAACAACAUGAUGCUUAAAGAUAAUUAUUUUCUUCACUACAAAUAGUAUUACUUGAAACUCAAGAGAAGGAAAAAAUAUGUAUAUUAAAAGAACAACAUAUUCGUUAAAAAUUGAUUCUAUCGUUGGGAUUUUAGCUGGAAUCAUCGUUAAGUAGCGGAUGAGACAAAAUGAUUGCAACAUUGAAUAUUUUGUAAACAUCUCAACAAAGAUAAAUCAUAAAAACUUGAAUCUUUUUUGUAAAAAAAAAUGUGUCACAAAACUCUCUACAAUAGUUAACAUGGAAGAUUGUCUUGACUUGUGAUAAUGGAUUUACAGUGAGCUAAACUGAAAGUUGCAUAAAAUUCUGUAAUUUCUCACUGUAACAAUGAUGUAGAAAUUCCAGAAUACAUUAGUUUCAAAUCUAAAUCAGACUCAUUGUACCAAAACUCAUUCAUUACUCAAUGUCACACCGUAGACAAUGAGAUUUUCUCGAUGUUUGCAAAUCGCCAGCGAGAAGUAUUGUAUGCCAAAUACGAUUAUUGUUUAAAUACAGAAAGAGAAUGAACUCCGAUGAAUGAGAAAUUAGAGCAUUUCAUACAUCUUUCAUUGUAGCUCUCACUAAAUCUUUUAUUCAAAGCUGAGAGAAUUUUUUAGUUUAACUACCAUAGAGAAUUUCUCUUCGCAAUAGAAGAUUCUCCCAAUUCUUCAUUAUUUUUCUCAAAAAAUUCGAACUCUAAUUAGUAUAUUUGCAUUAGAAUAUGCCUAUUUGUUAGAGUUUUCAGCGGAAAAUUUUACAAGCCUCGUGAAAACUUGGUACACUUGUUCAUGAUAGAAAACACGGAAUCCUGUAUUGAGGAGAAGGAAUGAUUAACACAAAUAUUUUUUCUUUAUUUCGGAUACAAUGAGACAUAGCAAUAUUUAAUACAACUAUUAUCUUAGUGUUCUAAUAGUCCAUGAGAACAAGUCAAAAGAAUUUUGUGAUGUAGUUCUUGUAGAGAACUCGACGACGUAUCGCUUUGAAAAAAUUCAAGGCUUUAUGUUCGCUUUUCGUGAAAUAGUUGUAAAAUAUUGGAUGAUGCAAUUAUUUUGCCUUCUCUGACAUAUUGUUCGUCUUGUUUUAACUUCAAUUUAAAAAUAUUUUUCUAACCAUGCAAAUUUAUCAAAUCGUUAAUUUAUGCAAGAUUUUCGUAAUCUAACAAAUGAAUCACAAAAACUAUUUGAAGUUUUAAUUAUUAAACAAGAAAUACCAAUUAAGAAAAUAAACGAAAAGAAUUAUUAAAUGAAGAAUGUAUUCAAUCAAAGAUUAAUUAUCAUACCGAUUUUCUAUAAAUUUCAGCUAGUUUUAUAUCUGUUAUUAUAUCAUAUUUUUUUGAGUUGAUAAUAAAAUUAUUUUUCAGAUGAUUUCACCUCUAUUUAAACAUCUGAUCAUUCAACAACAAAAAAUUUUUCGAUUAAAAAUAAAGACUCUAUCUACAGUAAAAGAUGGUGUGAAUGACAUUCGAGAUACAGGAAUCGUUAAACGAUUUUCACAAGAUAAAGGUUUUGGUUUUAUUAAAAGAGAUAGUAAUGGAAAUGAUAUAUUUGUACAUUUUCAAUCAAUUCUUGGCACUGGAUUUAAAACGCUUCAGGAAGGACAACAAGUUGAAUUUAAACUAUUUCAAGGAGUUAAAGGUCUUGAA